UAACAAGUUGGAGUUAUUUUUUAGUGUAAUACUUAAAAUAAAAUGAAAUCUCUCAUAUUGUUAACAUUAUUUGCUGUUUUUGGAUGCAGUAUUGCAGGUAAAUCGCUUUGCAAAACAACAUACACUGAGUAUAACUCAGAUGGGGGAGGUAAUAUAUAUUAUCUCGAUCGUCAUAAUCUAAAAUGUGAUGAAGGUUUUGCUCUUAACUCUUUCAAACUCGAAAGAGAUGGUGCUGGAAACUAUCGAUACUCUGGGUGGUGUUGUUCUUUAGAAAACUCAUUUGUCAACCGCGCUUAUUCAAACCCUUUCACACCCGGAAGCAACGAAGCUGUUUAUCUUGACCGACAAAUUGUAUCGUGCAACGAAAAUUUUAUUUCCAGUUUUCAACUUAAACGACUCGAUAGUUACGUAAGUUACAGUUACAGUUGCAGUAAAUCAUCAAAACCGAAGUCUUGCUAUGAGGAUAACACGGCAUUUAAUGAUGCUGGUGGAAAUAGCGGCAAUGUUCUCUAUUUGGAUCGACACGUAGUUGCUUGUAAAUGUGAUUACCUUAUUUCUAAAUUCCAAUUAGUUCGAAACCCAAAUCUUAAACAAUGGCAAUACGCUUUUAGUUGCUGCAAAUAAGUUUGUGUUAUUAUUUUAAAGAAAUUUAUUUUGACACUUAAUUUUAAAUUUUUAAAAGUUUCUAUCAAUAAUAUAUGAGAAGUAUUGUUUUAAAUAAAGAAAUUAAUCGGGUAAUUAGUAGGGUAAAAAGUAGGGUAAUUACGGCAUAUUAGGCUCUUUUUUUUUUAAUACACAAUUGUUUCCUUUAUUGCGCCAAUAAAUAAUGAAUAUCGUUAGCGCCUGCUAUCGAUAUUCAUUAAGUUGAUCCUUUAAUAUUACAUUUAAAAAACUUAUCAGACUUUUAAACUUUCAUGCAAAACUUAUAUUUAAAAAUACUCAAAAACAAUGAAGUUAACGACUAUGUACUAUAUAAAUAUGAUGUGCAACUAUAUAAGUUAGCGUUAUAUAAGUUAGCGACUUUGUACUAUAAGUUGAUGAUGUAUGACUGAUGUAUGACUGUAUACUAUGUUAAUAAUGAUGUACAACUACGAAUGAAAAAAAAAAUGAUGUACAACUAUAUCUUAA